UAGUUUCGUGGCAAUGUACUUGAUGAUUUGAUACGCGUCCCACAUUAUGUCAUCCUUAGCCGCGACGCAGAGCGAUGGGUAUUACCUGCCUCCGGAAUACUUCGAUAGCGGUGCAUAUCGAAAACAAUCCAGGAACCAAUUUGCGGCGGGGGCAUCRGCCGCGAAUUCGAAUUCUGGCAGCARAUGUUUAUCCAACAAGAAACAGAAGAAAAAGAGUGGACAUAACCAGUGGUUAAAAAAUGGAGUUGUCCGAUUCGAAUUGCCAGAAAAGGCGGUCUGUUUGGGUUGUCAUCAGUCAGUGGGGAGAGGAACGAGAUUCAAUGCCAAAAAGAUCACAACGGAUCAGUGCUACUUUUCAACUAAGAUCUACGAGUUUCAGCUGUCGUGUCGGAACUGUCAAAAGUACGUCGCGUGAUAUUGCGUUUCUGACUUUUCAUCUUCUUUUGAUCGAGAACGAAAGAAUUAUUGCAAACDAGAGACUUGUUGUUAAGCGUUUGACCUGUGCGGACCUGAACUCAUAAUUAACAACAUAUUCGGUGGCCUGUAUUUUAAUUUAACAAUUAUAUUGUAGGCCAUGGGUCAUUCGCACCAAUCCAAAAGACCGCGGUUUUGACUAUGUCUCUGGUGUCAAAAGACAAGCGGGUCAGGAGAGAAACCURGUCRCUGGCUCAUCAACAAGUCUCGGCAAUGGAAACGACAACGGCACUUACGAUCGUAGAUCAAUCGAUCAGCUAGAAAGGGCCGCGGUGACAAGGAUGGAGAAGGCCAGAGAAAUGACCGAGAUUGAACAAUUGGAACAAAUCCGAAAGCUAAACGAGGUUGUAUCUGCAUCGGUGAACGAUGCAGAUACGAAUGCUUCUAUUCGAAAAUCCUUUCGGAAAGAUCGAACCGAAAAACGAAGCAGAUUGAGAGAGGCAACGGACAAGGGRUGGAGAAACGGGAUGGUGGUACUGCCUACUAACGAUGACGAUAUUCUCGCAGCCAACGAAACGUGUUAUGGGCGACCAGCGGAAGAUGAGAAACGAAACCUUUCUGCUGUGCGAAAGUCCUCUAUAUUCUCUUCUCAAAGAGSGGCGAAGAGGAAGAAGAAGAGCCGUCGAAUGCGAUCGCGACCGUCUGAUCAUCGUGCAGAAGUCACUAGUGGUAGGAUUGUUACUGCAAGUCCUGUCCGAUCUGAUAAUUUUUCCAUCUCAAACAGGAACGACACCACCAAUUUAGGAGUUGUACUGCCAGGAAAAACAGAAACAACAGAGCCAAUCGCCACAAAGCACACGCCAGCUCAUCCUUGUUCACCUUCAUUCUUGGUGACCGAUGGGACAAUACAAAAUGCGGCAAAGAAAAAAAGAAAGAAAACUCUACAACUGCAACGAGGAGAAAGAGGUCUCUCGGUUAUCGAAAAGGAGAAAGAAACGGAGGCCAAAACAGAAUUYGACACAGGUGGUGGCAUCAGCGAUAAGAACUGUUUGGAGAAUUCGCCAUCUUCAAGAGGGAAAUCUGCGGGGCCUACAUCGUCCUUUUCUGAAAUGAUGGCUGCAUACGACUCAGACACAGACAGCUAUUAGCUWUUUAUAACAAUAACAAAAGUGUUGUAAGCAA